GAUCUAUAUAAUGAUGUUCUAGAACAGACUGCAUUUGCUAAUUGGGAAGAUUCUCAUGAGCCAAUCUAUAAAGAUAUCAAUAUCAAAUCUCAGCAACAAGUUGUUGAAAAAUUAGAAAUUGGUGAUUUAAUUGAUUUAAAUAAUUCUAUGAUAGUUAAAGACAGUAGAUCGAAAGAUAUUGAAAGCUAUAAUAAUAAUUAUAUUGAAGGUC